GCGACACGAGUAAGACGUGUGUUGUGAUAAAUUUAGAAGCCGGUGCGCGGGGGCGCACAGACCGGUCGGCGGUCGCACGCCCGACCCGACGACCUUACGUACCGUUCACCGUACGCACCUACACUUUUGCUAAACCAAGUGCAUCCACAAACACACAUUCGCGAAUUGUGAGAAACGAUUUUGGAUAGAUGCAUCGGAUUCCUGACUCUGGAAAGUGCAUUUUGAACGUUUUGAAUCAUGCUGGAGCCCACCGCUGGCGAGCACCGAGCUCGCGCACGGCCGUAGCAUGGCCGAGGUGUCGGCGCCGACCAGCCCGCGCCACCUCCACAAACGGAGGCGGCUGUCCCGGCUCCUCGACAAACUAGCCGUCCAAAUGAGGAACAACAACCACUACCCUCCCCCGCGCUGGCUGCUGCUCGACCAGCACAAAGAACAAGACGAGGCGCCCCUCGAUCUGUCAAUCAAAUCAGACGUCCCGGACGGCCAGGCGUUCGCUUGCGGCGCAUGCGGCCAGUCAUUCGCUGUCCACGACCGGCUCGCGAAACACGUGGCAUCUAGACACCGCAACAGAGCGUCCGAGGCCGUACGCGCGUACGAGUGCGAAGUAUGCAGUCGCAGGUUCGCCCGGUCUGAUAUGCUGACGCGGCACGCGAGGCUCCACAGCGGCAUCAAACCGUACACUUGCACGGCGUGCGGACAGGUGUUCUCCCGAUCGGAUCACCUCGCCACGCACCAAAGGACCCACACCGGAGAGAAGCCGUACCGGUGUCCGUCUUGCCCCUACGCCGCCUGUCGCCGAGAUAUGAUCACGCGACACAUGAGGACGCACUCGCGACGCUCCCAGCCAGCUUGAAGCUGUCACAUUCCGCGUCCGAUCGACUUCUCAAGACUGCCUUCAUUCCAAAGUUCCGGCGUGAGUCAGCCGCAGCGCGGUAAGACAUAUCUCCUUGCGAGCGCGAGACUUCAUCUCUUGCAACUGCUUGCUCAGCGAAGUCCUGCUCCGCGCAAAGCGAUAUGUUUACCUUAAGGGAAUUCAAUAUUGCUGUUCUAUUCAUUUUAUUUUUUGUAGUUUUUAAAUAUUCUAUGUUUAUUAUUUUAUUGAUUAUUUUUUGGUAUAUAAUUGAGGAGUAUGCGGCAUUGCUUUAAGCAUUUGCCAAAAAUUCAAAACUUAUCAGGAUCUUACUUAAAAAACAACAAAUUUCCGGAAUCUCUACAUUUUACUUAAUCGUUUAUUACUUUAAUUUUUAAUUUGAACUGGUACUUUUUAUUAUUGUUUUUAAAGAAACUGUUAUAAUUAUUUCCUAGCCGCUGUUAUCAUAUGCUUUAGAUUUGUAUCGUUCGGUGUUAUGUAGUUAUAAAAAAGUAGGUUGUUAGGGGUGCGUGUAUUUUAUUUUUGAAUAGAUUUUUCAUUUUGUGCCAAAAUAAUGUUAAGGUCAUAUAGUACUCGUAGGGUAGGCUUUAUGCGUAGGUCUAAGUAGGCAUUCCGUGGCCUUUUCUUUGGAGACGAGCCUCGACUCGAUUAGUUUACUCCUUCAUGACGCUUCUUAAUGUAGUUAUCAUGUCGCAUUUCUUACCUAUAAUAUCCUUAUAUGUACCUACUUACAUAGAUCAUAAGUCUUAAUAGAAUUUUUUGGGUAUAAUCCAAAAAAUUCUAAAUUUAUAAACUGUAUACUGUACCUAAGUACUUUUAUAUUUUUCAAUAUUUUUUAAACUAUUAAUGUAGCUUCCUUUGUUUUUACUUUUUGGCAAAACGUAAUACCUACAAUGCGUCCAGCCGUAAAAAAAAGUCAAUAUAAAUUAAUUAUACUAACAAGAAUUUGAUUCAAUAUGACAAUUUUGUACGAUCUAAAUUUCAAAAAGUUAUGUUUCGUUAUUUUGUAGUAAUUUAAAAGACAUUCUGUUUAGUUAAUACAAUAAUAAUAUUUUCUGCAAUGUAAGACUUUUAAUUCACUCAGAGGUAGACAACGCAUCGACAAGUUAAAAAUAAGCAGGUCCUUUUUAAGAAUAAUAUCAGUUCCUCUCUUUCUGAAUAAAUAAUAUUAAAACUGUGCAAAUAUUUCUGAAUGUCAAUAUUUAAUUUUAAAAUUUAAACAUUAUUUUAUGUCUCAUUAACUUUUGCUUGACUUUAAAAUACUGAUACUUACGUAUUUCAAUUUUAUCGUCAAAAUUUUACGUUGCAAUUAUAAAUGAUAUCGGUCAUAUUUUAUUCACAGAAUCAUUUCAAUAAGAAAUUCAGUCGCUUUGUUUUUAAUUUGUUUUAUUAAAGAAGAAUGUUAUACGUAUUAAAAAAAAAAAUUACUUUUUUUUAUAUUGGCCAAGAAAUAAUAAAAGAGAUGAAAAAAUAUAACCGUUACAGGCUAUGUAGUAAGCGUGAACUUUCAUAUAACUUAUUCAUACCUAAUCUCUAUUUCACUUUGACAAAAUGAAACUCCAGUUAAAUGAAGCAUGGAUAUGAACCUAAAAUAAUAAUUAAUUAAAACUUACAAAACCUACAUGCAAGCCUGAAGGAUAACGUGGCUUUUUAAACACUGGCGUUAGCUCUGUCCUACUCAUCUGUAUAAUUAAGGUAUAAUUUUUGUUUACUUUAAUUACUUAUAAGCUUAAGCUUGGUUAAGUUCCAAAUAGAAUAAGUUGUUUUUUUUUAAAUACAAACAAUUAUUUAAGUCAUAUUAUUAUGUCUUGUCCUGUAUUUGUUAUUGUACUUAAUAUUAUUUGGUAGAAAUAUAAGCAGUAGUAACCACUAAAUACCAAAAUUUAUAUAAUAUUCAAAUAACUGGCCAAUCCGGUAUUGUAACGUAAUUUCAAUAGAAUUAAGUGAUACAAAUCCAAUCAUUUUAAUCUCAUACAUAUGUAAUAAUUAGAGGCUUUUAAUGGGUACCUUUUAUUGAAAAGAAUAAGUACUACUUACGUAAUACAACCACAAAGGUAGAACUUUUAUUUUCAUGCAUGGAACCCUUAUGACAUUACACUACAUAUUUAAUCUAUACCUACUUAGUUCAAUAAGAAAAAAUGGCGUCGUCAUUUCUUAAUUUGGAAUUACAUUUAGGUUUUUGAAGUGUUUUUCUAAAUCUUAUACGAAACUGUUUUUUUUAUUAUUAUUUUAGAUUUAAGUGUUGUAUAAUUUAUUGGUUUUCAAGUUUUUCAACUAGUCCAUGAAAGAGGACAUUUAAGUUUUAGUACUGUGAUAAAGUUUUUGUUACUUAAGACUACUGUGUUU